AUGUGUACGAGGGCGCCGGGCUCGAACAUACGGCGAAAGGUUCAGGUUUUAGGUUAUCCGAUUGGUGUUCGGCAGCAGAGAGCUGGGUUGCUGAAAGUUACCGCGUCGUUCGCGAGUGUCUUACGAUGCCGUUGGGCUGCCUUGGCAAGCUGCUCAAUCAGAACAUUUUCGUCAUCUGCCGACAUGGGGAACCAGUGCUGCGCCGGGCGGGAUACCGCAUACAAGCGGAGGGCUCAGGAGAGUGAAUAUGGGGACCACCUGAAGAACAUGCUGUCUUUUGGAGCAGUGGCUGACGAUGUCGUUCGCUUUGAUAGGGCCUACGACAACGGGGAUAUAGCCGAGUUUGUGCGCCUGUGCAACUCCACUUGCGAGAUAGAGAAGCUAGAAGACCGAAUGCAUCCGUGGGCUGCAGACCCUGAGACAAUUGGGGCUUUGGCAGCAACUCAGCUGGCAAUUUUUGCUUCGCGUGAACAGGAGCCUCAUUUGAAGGAUGAAAUUCGUGAAGCUGGAGGCAUUGAGGUGCUGGUUAAGCUCUUGGCAUCGAAGGAAUUGGACAGGAGGCAAUCUGCAGUUGUGGCGCUUUCAUUUUUGUCUGUUGAUAACAAUCAGAACUGCAUUGCCAUGUACAACGAGGGAGCAUUGCCGCCUCUGAUUCAAGGGAUGAAGUCCGACAUAGAGGGCAUGCGGGCGGCCUGCGCUCAGACUGCGCGCAACAUUUACGUUCUGGGCCCGAAGCAGCGACGCGCCUUCUUGAAGGCAGGAGGCAUUGCACAGCUCGUGCGGUUUUUGGAUGCGCCUCCAAACGCCAAAAAUCUGUACACUCAGCUAGAGGCGAUUUAUCACUUGGAGGAUUUCAUUGCAGAGGAAGGCGGGGAUGACGUGCCUGAGUUUGUGCAGGCGGUGAAGUCGGCGGGUGCCGUACAGAAACUCAUGAAGCUGCGAGAUCACCAAGAUAAAGACGUGGCGGACGCCGCGGGCUUGUUGUUGGUUCGUCUGGCAGACUGA